UCAGCUAUAAUGUAGCCUACGUAAUGAUAUUAUGAGAUUAAACGUGCAUAAUGUGGAUGUGCGCUUUCAGUGCUUUAUUCCUUUCUCUAGCGUGACAGACAUCACGAGGAUCCUCGACGUCACUACUACAGGGCAGCCGGAAGUGCUCGUGACGUCACCGGCGAACGGCAACAAGACGACGGUGUUUCAACAAUACGGUUAUAUUGUAUCAUCGAAUCCUAGUUCGGUCUUUAUUUUUUUUUAAACUAAAAGGGAUCCGAGCGAAACGGCCCGUUUUUGCGCACAGUGAAAGAAACGACGGCCGUGUGUCGUUUCCGGUAUCUUUCAUUAUGUCGAAUCGUCUGGCCUUUCAGACUCAGCUAGCCUCCAUCAUGGAGGUACUGGCGAACGCAGCCGUGGCAGAAAUCUGUAAACUGGUGGACGAUGACUACGCGGUGAUUAACCUGCAGAUGUCUCAGUGCCAGCGCGAAAACAAGGCACUGAAAAGGAAACUUCAUCUGAUGGAGCUGCGAAUGGCCCGAGGUUACGCCGAAAGGAGAAUCCGCGAAAGCUCAGGAAAUCGCUCCAGUAGAGUCCAAGUGAGCGCAAAUCUAUCAGACAAAUACAGAGCUCCUGUUGCUGAUAUUUUUCCAAAUCAAGAUGAACUCUACGGGAGGCAGUUAAAUGAGGAUGUUUGGAGAGAUGGGGAACCUUCCACUGCAGAUGUUUCUAUUGGGCAUCCAGUCAUCAAACAUGAUGAGAAUGGGCAUGAAGACUCCAGCCAGGCUGGACCGAACUCUGUACUUGUCAAAGCUGAGACAUCUGAUGAGGGCCACACACAGCAGCAACUAUUCAUUAGAGAAGAUGGAGUGGCAGAACCUGUAUGUGAGGGUGUGGAGGCAGAUUAUGGUGCUGCUCAAGUGGAUAAAGUGGAUGGUCAGAACUCCAGGACACGGCACGAGGCUUUGGAGCACCAAAAGACAGAUGAUGAAGAGCCAGACGUGCUGUUCAUCAAGGAAGAGCAUUCAGAGAUGGAGGAACAAGAAAGACAGACACGUGGUGGCAUGACCCUGCAAGACGGAUUUGUGGAGUCCAGCACAGACAUUUGUGGAAACGGAGUCUCUUCGUCACCUGCACAGAUCAAAUUAGCCCUCAGUGUACCAGAGUCUCAUGAGUUGGAGUCAUCCCUUGUGAAGGGUGAAAGUAGACUUCAAGUAGAACACCAGGGAACUUCCAUUCAGUCAGCAGACAUGCAGAUUACUAUACAAAAUGUGGUAGACUCCCAGACUGCUGGGUCUCUGUGUUCACGUGAGCCAGUUCUUCCUCAGAGAGAAGUCAAGGUGUGGGACUCUUCCCAGUCUCAUCUCCAAGAUGAGAGCAGCAACAUCCCACUUUCAAACCAGAAUGCUCAGAGAAAAACAGUAAUGUCUGUCGAUGUGCUAGGGACUAAUAGUACGCUGUAUGAGAGGUCAAAGGAGCUGGAGAAUUCUUUUCCACGAUGGGCUGCAAAUAGCCCAUCUGAAAGUCAGCCAUCUUGUUCUUAUAUUGUGGAAGUAGAGCAAGACCAAGACUGUGUACUGGUACAGCCAGGACCUGUGUCUGUUAGGGGGAGGCACAAAGAAGCUGCAUCGAACAGGCUUCAGGAUGCCAGAGGGCUUCAUAGAGCGGAGGCAGAGUGGAGCACAGUCACUGUUUCAAGUCAAGCCCAUACUCAGCAGUUCAGUCACUUUAACAGGACACGAAUAGAUGCAGCACACCGAGCAAAGCUCACUCAGGCUAUUCCAAACUUACCACAUCCUGGGGUUUCCCUUGCUGGGCUACAGCUUCCAAGGCGCAUGGAAAAGGGCAAGAGGAAAAGUUAUAUCUGCAGGUACUGUGGAAAGGCUUUUACUGGGCAGUCUAACUUAGAGGCUCAUCAACGCAUUCACACUGGAGAGAAACCUUUCAAGUGUGAGACCUGUGGGAAGCUCUUUACAGAAGCAGGAAACCUGAAGAAGCAUCAGAGAGUUCAUACUGGAGAGAAACCGUUUGUGUGUAAUCGUUGUGGGAAGCGUUUUGCCUGGAUCUGCAAUCUCAGGACACAUCAACAGUCAGCUUCCUGUGGGGGAGUGUAAGGAAAAAACUCUCAUAUGGUCCUUCACGCUGGAAAAAGUGCAAAUAUAAUGCACAAAAUCUGUGUGUGUGGUUUAAAAAAAAAAAAAAAAAAAAAACGGUUGUAUAAGUGAAAUCAGAUAGAUCCAGUAAUUAUUAGACAAUAACUAAAAGUGUUUAAAGACAUGCAGUGUCGAAGAUUGCAGUGUGGAGUAGGGCUGGGCAAUAUGACAAAAUUAUAUUGAUAUCUUGAUAUAAUAAUGUCUUGAUACACCUUUCGUCUAUAACAUUAGGUGUCAGUGCUUUUAUCACUUCUUUUUUUACUCUGAAAUGUAACUGACAGGAUAUUAUUUUCAUCCAGUUGUUUCAUUUUCCCCUCUUUUCCCCUCUUCCUUCAUUAAAUGCACGGACAAAUAUUUCUGAACAUAUAGUAGCUUGUGUUGGCCUUGUGUGUUAGCAGAACCUCAGCAAAAUUAUGCUGUGUAUCAUGAUGGUUUGUUUAAAUAUCAUGAUAUGAUAUUUUUGCCCUAUCGCCCACCCCAAGUGUGGAUGAACGAGGAUGAACAGAGUUUGAAGUUGUAAAAGACAUAUGGUGCUUUCCUCUUUAUUGGUUUGGUGCCUUAAUUGUUAACUGGAAACUUGGUCUGUUUUAAGAUUUUAGAAAUCGCAAACACCAUUCUACCUCUUGAAUUUUUCUGCAGACAAAAACAAAGCAAUAUGUUUGAACCAGAUGAAAAAGUAUCCAAUUAUGAUUCAACACCAUGACGUGUUCAUCUGAUAGAUUCAGAAAAUGAUGAUAGCAAUGAUACCAUGACCUCCAGUGUAUGCUGACUCACUGUAAAAUAAUGAAAUGAAAAAGAUCCCAUUAAACGUUGGAAUCAUUUGUAAAACAGAAGUGAACCCUGUGUAUACUUCCACAGGCAAGGCACUUCACAGUGUGAAUGGUAAUUGAAUUACCAAAAUUAAACGAUAGAAUGUGCUUAUGAAUUCAGAGAAUUCUACUGGUCAGAAGAUAUUGAUUAAUUUUCUAAAAAAGUUUGGUUAGAAAGUAAUUUUCAAAACACAGGUGUAUAUUAAUGCACUCUUUCUAAUACAUUAUUAUUUCUAUAGUUUACUUUUCUAUAACUUACAGGGACUUAUAUGGAGGAAACUCCAUGCAAUGUAAGAUUAAAAAACAUUAUUUAACAAAGAAAAGUGUAUAAUUUUUAAUAUGCUGAUGCUUUCUGUCUCAUUUAUUUUUAAUUUAACAUAUGGCCAAAAGUUUGCGGACACCUGACCCACACACCCAUAUGUGAUCCCAUUCUAGAGGGAGUCCCUAUUUUGCUGAAAUAAUAGCCUCCACUUUUCUAGUCCCAAGAGCAUUAAUGUUACUGUUACCGCUGUCAGUAUUCCACUUCAUUCAGGUGGUGUUCAGUGGGGUUGAGGUCAAGGCUCUGUGCAGGCUACUUCAGAUCUUCCACUCCAACCUUGGUACUAUUUGUUUAUAGAGCUCGUUUUCUGCACAGGGGCAUUAUUAUGUUGGACGGAUAAUCUUUAUACUGUGGGAGCUCAUAACUAUAGAUUUUCUUUGAAUAUUCACCAUAUUUAUAAGACUAUAGACUACCCAGAAUGUGCCAAGCUUUAUUUUGCAAAGGCGAGCUAACAUCUUGUGACUCAAGCACGUGUCUGCCCUGUCAAGGACAAAUACUAAAUUCAUAAAUAAUGUUUCUAAAGCAUUGUGGAAACUGUCAUGUAGUUUUGAGUUGUGUCCACUUUUCUACUGUUUAUUAUGGCACUGCAUCAUAUAUGCCCCCCCCCAAAAAAAGUAACUGCAGACCUCAAGGAUUUUUUUACUAUUACUUGACUCCUUGUUGUUAAUAAGGAAUCAGUUAUAUAUUUGUAAUGAAUAUGACAGAAUGGACAGCGGUAAUCGUAAUAUAUUACAUUGUUAAAACAAAAAGUACAUCCUAUAUAAUUGUGUGCUUCAGAGUUUAGAACCACGUGUCUGUGUGUGUGUGUUGGUCAGAUGUCCACAUUCUUUACAUAGUGUAUAUGAAAGGAGUAGCGUGUGUGAGUACUUAGUAAUGGUCACGGGAUAGUCUUUAGGACAGAAGACUUUGUGGUUUUUGGUAAUAUGACAAGCUUUUUGUUGUUGUUUUUUUUGUUUUUUAUUUAUUUAUUUUUUAAAAACGUAGCGUUUCACAUAGCGUUUCAUAGCCCGGCUAGCUCAGUCGGUAGAGCAUGAGACUCUUAAUCUCAGGGUCGUGGGUUCGAGCCCCACGUUGGGCGAUGAGAGUUUUUUUUUUUCAGUUUCCUACGACGGAGCAAGACUUUAAAGCAGGGAAACUAGAGGAGCCACUUUGGAAGCUUUGACGGUUACGAUCCGCAAUUUAUAUAAAAAAAACAUGCUUUUUUACACAAAAUCCACAAAAAAUUCAAGUCCCCCUACCAUCAAGAGUGAUACGGUUUUCGUCCACCAGGUGUCAGUUUUCAGUCUUAUUUUGGUUAUAACGUUCUGUUUCAGCAAAUUGAAUGGUUUUUGGUGAGAAAACUUAUUUUGACAUAUAUUUUAGAAAUAUGAUUUUAAAAAUUUCCAAAAGUCUUUAGUUUACCAUUCACUUAUUUUACGGUGCUUCACAGCGGCAAGAUAGCAAAGUGUGUGUGCUUUCUUAUAUCGCAUAUUUACCUGUUUAUUUUUAUAACUUUUGGACUAUUAUAAUCGUGUGCUUUGAUUAACCUUUAUUUUAGGAGGUUUUGGAACAUUAUACCGUGCCAGGUGAGAGCUGUUUUUUGCUUAAAUCCAUGCCUCGAUGUUUAUCAUGUAUUUAUUUGCGUUAUAAAUACAUUAUAGUGUACUGUUAUUAUACAUCAUAUUGUAUUGUUAUUAUACAUUAUAGUGUACUGUUAUUAUAUAUCAUAGUGUAUUGUUAUUAUCCAUCAUAGUGUACUGUUAUUAUACAUCAUAGUGUACUGUUAUUAUACAGUAUAGUGCACUGUUAUUAUACAUCAUAGUGUACUGUUAUUAUAGUGUGCAUUAUUAUUUACGAUUUACAAUCUAAGAGGGCUGGUAAUUGUACGGAAUUGCAUGUUGUUUGUUUUAAUUUUAUUAAUUAUUGUAUAUUAUCAUUUAUUAUUAUUCAAUUCAACAUGCUGAAUUUAACUUUCACAGAUUUUUGACUACUGAAGCCUCAAAAUUUUGUAAGGCCAUGGCAGUUUUCCAGCACAGGUGUGUGGCCCUCUGCAGAUGGGGACAGACCUGCUCCUCACCAGAGGGUAUGUAUAGAAAAGACAUAAAGCCAAACCAUGUAAUCUGUAGUGCCAACUGACAGUGUUUUUUUAAUGUUACAGAUAAGUAAAUGUCCAGUGCAGGCCUGUGGACACUCAUCACUUUUUUUCAGAUUCUCCCACUCAAGUUAUGGAGGAGAAUUUGGCAUACUGGCGCAAGCUGGUGCUGUUUCCAUUGGGCCCAGCACUUUUAUGAAGCAUAGUCCCCACACUGAACCCACAUUCGGACCCUGGACAUGGACCCUGGAGCCUCAGCAACCAGCACUCCCCAGCCCAGCAGCACUCCACCCUACGUGAUGGUCCAUCAGCUGAGACAUGUUCCUCCAACAGUAUUUCAAACACCUGUGCCACGUCAACCACUUGCAUACAUUAGGUGAGUGGAAGGCCAACACAUGCAGAAAGUGUGGUCAUUCUAGGACAUCAGCAACUGGACAUAGCCAGGACAAGGCUAGAAUUUAUUGUCCAGUGACAGAGAUGAUGACAAAAGAAUGAUAUGUUGUUGUGUGACAAAAGAAUUAUAUGUUGUUGUGUUUAUGUAGCACCAGAGCCCUAGAGAAACGUUGUCUCAUUUCACUGUGUACUGCAUCAGCCAUAUGUGGUCAA